AUGGUGUUUUCCACCCCGGACCAUCAAGGAUCCUUGGGAACCGACGGUGGGUGGGCCUUCUACCUUCUUGACAAGGUGGGGGUGAUCUCUUUUGGUCGCUACUGGCCAGUGGCUGGGUGGACCGCCCUUGCCACUCUUGUGAUCGGGCUCCUCGCUGCCCUGGUUUGGUCGUUGAAGGCUUGCGAGAAGUGGGUGUGUUGCGGCUGUGGCUGCGGAAGAAGAGGCCUUCGGGAUGGGCUACAAGCGGUUGAUCCCGCACUCCGCCAUUUGCCGGUUACUCCGGCCCCAGCUGCAUAUGCCACUGUGACUCUGGUUGGGCCCGGGAGCUCCACCCCAGUGGACACCGAGUACUUUCAGCGACAAGUGCGGGGAAGAGGAACCGGGCGCCGACCUCAUGACCUGGUGCUCCGCUUCCCUCAAGGAGCUGUUCGGAUGCAACCGGAUUGGACUCACCGCACCAGGAUUGAUCGGCAUGGGCUAUGGGUGAAACCCGGACGUAUCUUGGGUGUCACCGCCCGUGCCCUUCGUGAUCACCUUGAGCGUGCAGACCAAAUUCACCUUUGCCGAACCGAAGGAUGCACUCAACCCGGGGAGUACCACUGCAAGGAGUUUGCUGCCAUCGAUGCUGACUCAGUGAUCGACUUGGGUCUCUACGUAAAGUUCUUGCCAGCUGUCUCCGUUGCUGCUCUUGCAGAAGACCUACUGAGGUGUCCCUCCUCCACUCGAUUAGAAGAAGUCAGUCUGCUGAUACUCGUCUCGAACAUGGACCCAGUCGAGCUGUUCGGUUCGAGGCUCCACCCCUUUUUCGGAGCGGGGGUCAAAACCCACUGGUUCCUUUUUCUAGGUGAGGUUGAGGGCAUCGCCGAAGACAGUCGCCGCACCGAAAGAGCUGCUGUUAAGAUUCCUGCUUUGGGUUUGCGGGUGAGUUUGCCAUGGCACUGCCUGGGUGAACCGCCCCUCACGGAUCCGUCUGGGCGAUAUCCGAGGACCUGGUUGCAGGAGUUCCUAUACUCUGAUCCCAAGGAAUUGGAGGAGAGAGGUGUCUCGAUCCAGGUCAACCAGGUCGUCUCGCAUUCAUGGGAAUGGCUGAAGGAAUGGGAAGGGAAGGAGGUCCGGGCCAAAGACACUCACCUUCGACCUGAACAGCUUAGGCAACUCGUGAAAGAGCCAAGGCUGGUUCUCCUCCCACAUGACGAUAGGGGCUGGGGGGGACGGGUUUGGUACCCCCCCAGACCCCCACCAGUUUCGGCGACGACCGUGCCAGGGUGUACCACCCAGGAGGGUGGACCACCCCAGGAGGUUGAUCGCAGGGCACUCCACGAAUCGUUCCGGGACGCUCGAUCUCAACGGGCCUCGAUCGGCGAGGCGAUUGCUUUGGUUGCCAGUGCCUAUAACACCGGACCUGAGAUUGUCCAGAUGAGUGUGCUAGGGGCUUUGGAAAGCACGCGGGAUGAGGAAAAGGAAGCGUCAGGCCCCACCAGCGAUCCAUUAGCAUGGCCCGAGGUUCGGCCACCCUUAACCGGGAUUCAGGCGCCCCCACCACCUUUGCCACCAGGCCUCGCUCAGGAAACCAGUCUUGUCCAGACACGGGCUGUUCCGCCCGAGAACCCUUUGCUUGCUCCAGGAGGUGGUCCGCCCGAUCCGGUGGCCCGCCUGUUUCCUACUGCCGGGCACGACGCACAACCAGGGUUGGUAAGUGCUGGCGGUGGGGCCCUUGCUAUCCAGCAGCCCUCAUUAGGUCUUGGGCAAGGCCUCGUGCGUAAGGCAGGAGCUGCUUUUGGGGAACAACUCGGUCCAGGCAAUCCCACCCUGGCCACCGAUCGAAUCAUCCAUGCCAUCGACGGGCUUCGCAAGGCGCAGGAGGACAAGACAGGGACCAAAGGGCAGGUGAGCUCCAUCAAGGAGGGCGAGAAACUGGAUGCCUUCUUGGCUCGGGGGUAUGGUCAACUCUCGAUUGAACUUUGUAAAGGAGUCUAUGGGAAGGAACUCUUCCACAGUAUCAAGCGGGCUGGGCUUCAUGCCAAGCACGAGCUUGGCCUGAUAAAAUGGCCCGUGUUGAUUACGAAUCGAGUGGCUCUGUCCAUAGCUGGUCUAUGGUGGGGCGGAACCGAGAGUUUUACUCUGUUGGCGGCUGACUGCGCCACUGCUAGGGUUGAACAGAUCGAAAACUGGUCGCCACCGACCGAGCAUAAGCUGGAAGCUCGCAGCAAGGCCCCCACAACUUUCCUCACCUGGCUCCGAUACGCCGAGAACUCCAUCAAAGUGUUUGGGAGCGCGUAUGGGCUUGAACAUGUCCAAGAGAGGACUAAGUUCUUGCAGGCUCUCCGAGAGGCGCAUGAAGAAGACGAGAACGCCUUCCCUUUCACCUAUUGUGUGCAGCUCUUUGAAGAGAUGACUGCAGUGUGGUGUGAGGAGAUUCGGGAGAGCCGACGACGUCUUUGUGCAAAGCUUGGGACAGAGAACCCAAGGCUAGAAGACUUCAAGCUUAUAGCGCUCUCUCCCAGCACUACGGGUCAGGCCAACUUUCAAUUCCCUCGUGUGUGGGAUUUGGCCGAUCCAGCCGGCUAUUAUCAGAGAGUUGUUCUACCUCGCCAGAACAAAGCUAUGGCUCGGCUACUUAAUAAGCAGCUCCAUGACCACGUCACCAAGGAGAGACGGCCAGACCAUCGCAAGACGGCUGGACCCACU